AUGCCGGGUAAUAAGCACAUUACUGAAACACAGGUUGCUCAGGUAGUUGCUUUAUACAAGCAUAAAGUGUCAACCUCCGAAAAUGCUGCUAGUGUCGGUGUGACAGUCAGAACUGCCCAGCACUGGAUUAAAAAGUUCAAGGAUGGGGGCGAGAGGGCCCAACCCAAGGUUGGAACAUCGACAGGGAGAAAGAGGAAACUAACCAGCAGAGACCUCGGUUUUCUUCGAAUUGCUAUUGAGAAGAAUCCAAGAGCUUCCUCUAAACAGCUGAAGGAGCAAAACAGGAAAAUCUUCAGUCAUAUCUGUGCCAAAACCCUAAGAAAGUACAUGAAGGGCGGCUUAGGAUACCGUUGUCUUGCUGCCAAGAAAAAACCGCUCCUGACGAGGCGUCGCAUUAGGAAUCGCCUAUCAUACGCUAGGCGUAUGUUGAAGAAUUUAACCCUCCAGCACUUUAAAGGAUCCUUUAUAGUGACGAAGUCACAUUCAGUGUCUCCUCAGGCUCCUUCAAGGAUGGUUUACCGAUCCCGUAGUAGUGACCCUUACCGGGAGAAGUACGUGAAUACGACCACGAAACACCCUAUUGAUUCUUUGAUGUUCUGGGGUUGCUUUUCAUACCACGGCAAAGGGGCGUUGGUAAAACUGCCCAAGAAUGUUACUAUGAACCAGUACAACUACUCUGAGCUGAACCAGUACAACUACCCUGAGCUGUUAAUGGAAUAUUUGGUACUGUCAAUGGUCAAAUGUAAUGCAAAGGUGUUCAUGCAGGACGGUGCUCCUUGUCAUAGGGCAAAAACUGUCACAGAUCUCCUUAAAUUCUGUAAAAUCCCUUUUCUUGGUGACUGCCUGGCAAUAGCCCCGAUCUCAAUCCCAUUGAGAAUUGUGGGCAUCAUCAAAGCACAAUUAAGGGACCGCGACACCUCCAGUCUCAAGAAAACUAGAGAGAGAGGUCAGAGACAUUUGGGAGAACUUUCCCGAAACCAUCCUUGGAAACUUAGCCAAGAGUGUUCCAGGACGACUUCAGCAGUUAAAAAGAAGCGUGGGGGUCGCACCAAGUAUUAG